AUGCAGUGGAACUUUACUUUCCCUCCUGUUGAUUUCAGAAUCCAGGUAGACAUGAAGAACGCUCUGGUACACGCCAAUGUCUAUGCUCCACUCUUCAGCUUGAUGAUCUGGCUUGCAUCGACGUUGGUAGCGGUCCUGCUCGUCCGUAGAGUUAGAGCUGGAUACCUUGAAUUUCUCUCCCUAGGGCCCGGCGGGACACCUUCUACUCCAAUGGGAUACCUCCGGAUAUGCUUACUGAGCAUCUUUGCCCUCCGGAACCCCUUUAAACCACCACAUAUCCCCGAGACAUUAAACCCUAAGACUGGAAUCCUCAAAUACCUGCCUCCUCGUACAGGACAACGUCCAAAAAUUGCAGGAAUCAUCCCUCAUAGACAAGUCACACAGCAAGCCACACCCGACAUGUACGCUGCUCUCAAAGAAGAAAUUAAGAAACUUGCCCUCUCCAAUUCCGAUCGGCUUUAUGAGGGAACGUCAUGCUUCGAGAAACAUAGCAUAGGUCUCUUCACUCCUCUCGACUUACCGAAUAGAGUUACAUGUAAUGGAGAAAUAUGCCACGCCCACCCUAUUGAUGGGAGCAUUCAUAUGACUCUCCAUCCAGCGGAUGUCAAGUUUGUCAUUGAACGGGGAUGGGGUGAGCGGCACCCGCUUGCUCGAGAUAGCUGGUGGUGGAUGUUUAGGCUUGUACCUACGGGGUUUGUCAUGAUAUAUGCUCCCCGCUCGAAGGAGGAGUUGGAUAGCGUGGUUCAGAUUAUUCAUGCUGCUUCUUGGUGGGUCAAUGGUAUUGAACCGCGCUGGUCCACACCUGCGAACAGCAGUCGGUGUGGAGUCGAUGGAGGAGCUGGUUUUAUCAAAUCCCAUGUAAGAACUUAA